CUAAGAUUAAUCUCCUAAUCAAGACGCUUAAUUUAAUAACAAAAUUAAAAUGGAAGCCAUGGGAGAAUGGAGCAGCAGCCUCGGAGGAAUGUACACAUAUGCAACCGAAGAAGCCGAUUUCAUGAACCAACUCCUCGCCUCCUACGAUCAUCCUGGCACCGGGUCAGCCUCUGGGACAACCGGUGGAGACCACCACGGCUUGUAUUGGAGCCUUGGCUCUCAUCACAACCACCUUACUCUCAUGCCUGAAGCCAGUAGCUUCUGUUUCUCUGGGGAGAGCAGCAGCUACAGCGUUGGGAACAGUGGAUACUAUGCGGUGGUACCACCCGCGGUUGAAGAGAACAACAAUGUGCCAAUGGACUUUGGGCUGGAAGAUGCGACCAUCAACACCAACUCUUACCUUGUUGGUGAGGAGACAAGUGAAUGUGACGUGGAGAAAUACUCAUCUGGAAAGACUCUUUUUCCCUUGGAAACCGUUGUUGAGAACCACAAUGAGGAGGAGAGCAUCUUGCAAUCCGAGAUCUCUGUGACUACUACGGAUCAACAUCAGAAAUCUCUCACCGGUUCCAAGAAGAGAUCACGUGCGACAUCGGCUGAUAAAAACAAGAGAACAAAAGUGAGUAAGAGAGGCCAAAAGAAUAUAGAGAUGCGCGACGAUACCAACAAUGGCGAAGAAGAUGAAGGAGAGAAGGUGAAGAAAAGAAAGAGUGGGACUAUGAUGAGUAGACAGAACUCGAGCACCACUUUCUGUUCCGAGGAAGAAUCACAAUGCCCUUCUCAGGAUGAUGGAGAAGAAGAUGAAGAAGAUGCCUCCAAGGCCCUCAACCUUAACGGAAAGACCAGGGCCAGUCGCGGUGCUGCCACCGACCCUCAAAGCCUUUACGCAAGGAAAAGAAGAGAAAGGAUAAACGAGAGACUGAGGAUUUUGCAAAAUCUGGUCCCCAAUGGAACAAAGGUUGAUAUCAGUACAAUGCUUGAGGAAGCCGUUCAUUACGUCAAAUUUUUGCAACUCCAAAUUAAGUUAUUAAGCUCUGAUGAUCUAUGGAUGUAUGCGCCGAUUGCUUUUAACGGAAUGGACAUUGGCCUCAACUCGCCGAGAUGAUGCACGGAUCUUAUGAUUUUAAUUAGAAUUUUUUAUAACAAAAAUGUGAUGUUCCGUUUCAUUUUUAAUAUUCUCCGCCUUCGGACGAGUUCGAUUAUAAUUUCUCGUACAAUGUAUAAUAUGAAAGAAAU